AUUUGAACUGGUACGUACAUAGUGCAAAGCCAAUGAGAAAUAAUGACUUAAACGGUUGGGUGAGUGCCGCUGACGAAAAACAGGAAAAUGGAUUGGUGACGUGUAUCAAAAGAUCUAUUUCAGUUAGCAGUCCUACUGUCGAUUACAAAACAGACAACGUCAUUUUGCAGCAUCUUACGUUAACACCGGCAAAUAAUAGUCAGGGAGCCUUACCGGCGGUCACUAUCCAUGGUGCUGAAACGCCUUGUGUGCUGCCCGAGGGGAGAAGCGGGGGUACGCAUACUCCGGACAGUUCUUCUGGUGCUGCAAAUGAGUUCAGGUGCAAGUGCAAUUGCAAACAGCAAAAUUAUGCGCAAGAAGGAUUCUCUUUGCAGUUACUUUUAACAGCGGAUGGUGGCGAGGAAAAUGCUGCCGAAUAACUCCUACAAGCAGCUGAGUUUGGAGGACAGCCUUUACUUUAUGAAUUCGUCUGGGAACGACACACAGGGCGAAUCUCAAGGCAGCGCAAUCCUCAUCUCCUUUAUUUACUCGGUCGUGUGCUUGGUGGGGCUGUGUGGGAACUCUAUGGUAAUCUAUGUGAUCUUCAGGUAUGCGAAAAUGAAGACGGCGACCAACAUUUACAUUUUAAAUCUGGCGAUCGCGGACGAGUUAUUGAUGCUGAGUGUGCCUUUUUUGGUGACUUCGUCUCUGCUCCACCACUGGCCGUUUGGCUCGCUUUUGUGCCGACUUGUCCUAAGUGUUGAUGCUAUUAAUAUGUUUACCAGUAUAUAUUGCCUUACAGUGUUGAGCAUAGACCGUUACAUUGCUGUGGUGCACCCCAUCAAAGCUGCCAGAUACCGAAGACCUACCAUAGCCAAGAUAGUCAACAUGGGGGUUUGGAUGUUCUCUAUUGUAGUAAUUUUGCCCAUUAUAAUAUUUUCCACGACAGCGCCAAAUUCGGAUGGCUCAGUUGCCUGCAACAUGCAGAUGCCGAAGCCGGUGCGACAGUGGAUGGCUGUAUUUGUGAUCUAUGCCUUUUUAAUGGGCUUUCUGUUCCCAGUCAUUGCUAUAUGCCUGUGCUAUAUUCUCAUCAUUUUUAAGAUGAGAGUGGUCGCCUUGAAGGCGGGCUGGCAACAGCGCAAAAAGUCCGAGCGCAAGAUAACUCUGAUGGUGAUGAUGGUGGUGACAGUAUUUGUGAUCUGCUGGAUGCCCUUCCACAUCGUCCAGCUUGUGAACGUCUUCGUGGGGCGACACAACGCGACCGUCAGCCAGCUCGCUGUUAUUUUAGGCUACGCCAACAGUUGCGCUAAUCCAAUUCUCUAUGGAUUCCUGUCGGACAAUUUCAAGCGCUCUUUCCAAAGGAUCUUGUGCCUCCGAUGGAUGGACAACGCCACGGAAGAGCCCAUUGAUUACUAUGCCACAGCCCUGAAAAGUCGCGGCUAUAGUGUGGAUGAAUUUCAGCCCGAUAAUAUGGAGUCGGACAGCGCUUACAGGAAUGGUACCUGCACCUCAAGAACCACUACAUUGUAGCCAGACCAGUUAAUUAAUGUAAUCAUUAUGUGUUUUAAUGUCCUUAUUGCAUUAUUCCAUAUGGGUAACGCCGUUUCUGUCUUUUUUAUUAACGUAAUUAAAUUGUGUCAUUAAAAUAGCGCGUAAAUGAUUUCUUUCUAUUAGUAAUGAACUUGCUUUAAUAGCCUACCUUGUUCUCAAACAAGUAGCGAAUGAAGAAAUAUGUGUCUUAUUCUGUGUGAACAGGUAUUUAUUAUAAAACUAAUAAUGUUUUGGCAUUGAAAUAGUUUGCCGACUUUGGAAAACGGGGAAACAUCGCACCUUUAUUUUGGGAACCGCGACUGAACAUAAUUUGCAAUUAACACUUAAAUAUAAAACGCUCACAGCUUGACGUGGUUUAACAUCUCAAAACAACAAGGAAAACAAAAACUCUCAUUCUUUACUGGUCAUAAAUACUGUCUAUUGUUAAAGGCAUGUUACUAUAGUCGAAACACAACAGUAGGCUAUAAAACUGGGCAAAGAAUGCAGAGUCUGCAACGCACGCAGGAAAACCACAAGGAGGAGACAAGGCGAACAUUGCAACUUGCAUUUUUAUCUGCUAAAAAAAGAACUUAAAACCGUCUCGGCAUUUUUCUUCCAUCUUUCCACUUGUGGUAUAUCUAUAGAAAGAGAAAAAUCAACGUUGAAUAUAAUAUUAUUUUUGUACACAUUAUAAAUGUUACUGAACAUAAACACACAUACAUAUGUAUUGGGGAAUUAGUGAAAACCUGUUGUAGGCAAUAAAAAAGGCUAUUUUACAGAUAAUUAAUCAUGGCAAUGGUAUGAAACAUUCUGUUAGCCUAAAACCAAAAUCCAUAGCACUGGAAUGUUGGAAUACUUUACUAACCUACAAGUGAGUAAAAGGAAAACUAAAAAAAGGACGAACAUUCUCGAUGAAGGAUCUCGAGGAAGGUUAAUUACAAAUAAAGUCACCUGAGAGACAGUUCAUUUGAGAAAACAAUAUUUCCCCAGGUCGCUGUUUUAGAAAAUGAGACCUAAGUUGAUUCUGUAUACUCGGUUACUACGGAGAAGAGAAGGCUUAUGGAGAAUGUUAUGCUUUUCUCUUUCGAUUACUAUUGCAUGCUUAUGACCAGUAAACUGAGAGGGAAAGUUGGGUUUCCUAAGUCGUUGCUGUUUUGGUACAUUUUUUUUGACGUUUAGUGUUUUUGAACACUUAUCAAAACUUAUAAAUAUCAAAAACAUUUUGGAAAAGGUGAUGACUUGAGCAAUACCUAGAUAAAAUACUUAUUUAAGUACAAAAAGAUAAAAGGCAAUUCAGAAAAAGGAAGUGGGUGUGUGACUUCAUACCACUUUUAAUGACAGGAAAUAGUUUGUGUGGCUCCAUCGCUCCGCACUAAAGGCGCUCGUGUCUUCAUGACGUACACACUGCACUUUUGAGUAUCAGUGAACAAAGCGUUUCAAGUCCAACCUUUGGCUGAAGAUUUUCUUCUGUUGAUACUUGUUUCACAUAUAUUUUUUUUAGUCCAAACAUGAAUUAUUUUAAUGCAACCAGGAC